AACGUGCCGCCCCAGUUCCUCAACCGCUUGGCCACCUUCCCGUUAUUCAACAAGGCGCCCAAGUCGUUCCACUCGCGGGUGGCGUCCAAGUUGACGCUCGUGCAGUUCCAUCCCCAGGAGUUCAUCAUCAAGCGGGGCGACCCCUCCAAGUCCAUGUACUGGAUUCUCAAGGGCACCGUCAGUGUAGCCUCCACCGACGGAGAGUCGGUGUACGCCGAGUUGGCUGCAGGAAGCUUCUUUGGCGAGAUCGGCAUUUUGUUCAACCGGCCCAGAACCGCCACCGUGGUGGCCAGAACAAAGGUGUUGGUCGGGGUGUUGACCAGCGAGGCCUUGAACACAGUGUUGAAACAUUAUCCUUCCAUCGAGAGACGGAUCAGAGAUGAGGCCCAGGAACGCUUGGCUAUGCAAGACAAGAAAAAGAAGUACGACUUGCCCAACCUCAUAGCCAAGACCAACAACAACAACAACCAGCAUCUCAUCGAUCUUCCUUCCCCCCAGGAAUCCUUGUCUACCGCAGACAACGUCGAUGCAUCUGUAUCCAUCCAGGACUUCAUCAAGAGCUUGCCCGUUUUCCAGAAGAUGCCUGCAAGCAUUAUCCAUCAGGUGGCAUUAGAUGUUGAACCGUUCAAUGUUAAGCCUUUUGAAUAUAUAUUCCACAAAGGUGAUACCGAUUCGGAUAUCUAUUUCAUCAUUAACGGGGAAGUGGAGGUCAUCGACCAUAUCACAGACUCCAAGUCCGGAAAACUAUCAGAAAUAGUCCUCGCUAGAUUACAAGCCGGCUCAUACUUCGGAGAAAUGUCGUUCUUAUCCUUCUUGGAUGAAAGUCAGACCGUCACUAGAAGCAAAAGCAUCAGAUCAGUUUCUUCAGUUGAGUUAAUGGUCGUCAGGACUGACAAUCUCAAAAGAAUAUGCAGCAAAUACCCCUACUUUGUCGAGGAAAUGAAAGAAACUGCUAGAGAGAGAAAUCGACUGAACCACCAAAAGGAAGCCAAGGAAAUGGAAGACUCCAGAUUGUCUAUUAACUAUUUGAUAAACACCGAUAGAAGGACAGAUUCCAACAUCAAGCAACCACAACCAAAGUCGAGGUUAUCUCCUUUGAUUCUUGAUACCGUUGUGCCACACCCAGCAUCACUGCCUUCAUUAUCAAGUAUUGACAGCAGCAUCCAAAAGAAGAGAAAAGCAUCCAUUGUAUCAUCUAAGGGUCAAAUUGAUGAACACCUUCCCCAGCUUACCAUUCCUUCUUUAAACCCAGUUGUGCCAUCACUCAAUAACUUUCAAAACUUUCAAUUCAAUUACAAUCCAUCGGCUUCCUCUAAUAGAAGCAUGUUCCAAUACUUGCCCCACAACAAGAGAAUGAGAUUAGCUAGUGUUUCUAAUGGGAGAAGACGGUCAUCAAUCUUGAGCCACAAUGGACGUCUUCCAGAUAGAAUCUUGCUCAAAAUUUUUGAGUUUUUGCCGUUGCCAACCUUGAUGAAACUACGCAUUUUAAACAAGAGAUGGAGACAAUUGCUAUAUGCUGCACCCAACAUUUUUCAGACUUUAGACUUGACACCUUGGAAUACUUCAAUUGAUGACGAGGCAUUGAUCCGUAUCUGCGAUUUUGUUGGAUCGAGACCUCAAGUGGUUGACAUUUCCAACUGUUUCCAUAUCACCGAUGAAGGUUUCAGUUACAUGGUGAAUGAAAUAGGAAUUGCUGGAAAAAUCAAAGUAUUACGCAUGAAGAGUAACUGGGAGGUCAGUGCCAUGUCCAUAAUGGAUUUGACAGUGCCCAGUGUUGGUCAACAUUUGGAAGAGAUCGACUUGUCUAACUGUCGUAAAGUGAGGGACAAUGUAUUGGAAAGAUUGAUAGGAUGGGAUUCUGAGAAUAACCUCGAAGAGGUUGUGCAAAACCACCCUGGAGAUUUUGAUACUGAUCAGAUAGGCUGCAAGAAUUUGAAGAUUUUGAAUGUUGGCUAUUGCAAACAUCUCACUGAUAAUUUCAUGUACCAUAUUGCAAAUCAUGCUAAUCGGAGAUUAGAGAGCUUGGACCUUACCAGAUGCACUACUAUUACUGAUACAGGAUUUCAAUACUGGACCUACAGAUCAUUCCCUACUUUAAAGAAACUUUCAUUAAAGGAUUGUACCUUCUUAACCGAUAAGGCAAUCAUCUCCAUUGCCAAUGCAGCAACUAACUUGGAAAUUUUAGACUUGAAUUUCUGUUGUGCAUUGUCAAAUAUUGCUAUUGAAGUCUUAUGUUUGGGAUGUCCGAAUAUUCGUGAGCUCGAUUUGUCAUUCUGUGGUUCGGCUGUCAGUGAUUCGUCGUUGGUGGCCAUUUCCUUAAACUUGAGAAAACUCGAAAAAUUGAUUUUGACAGGAUGUAUCAGAGUUACUCGUGCCGGUGUUGAUGCAUUAUUAAGUGGAUGUUCCUCACUUAAUUAUUUGAACAUCAGCCAAUGCAAGAAUGCACACAUAUACCCAGGUCGUAUUCCAGCCCAAAAAUUAAAUGUCAACCAUCAAACAAAGUCUGCAUUUGUUACCGCAGGGCCAUUUCAGAAUGUCAUUGAGAUUGUUAUCUAA